AUGCCUGGCGCAGAAUGCGAAACAUCGCCACUUCUACGAGACCAGGAACAUGGGGAUUCUGCCUAUGAUGAAAGACAAGAGGUAGUCCUUUCCACAAAAGAUAGAUCACAUCCGCGAGAUUGGCCGGAAUGGAAGAAAUUAUCCAAUAUCGCGGUGAUUGCAAGCAUGUCCAUUCUUAGCCCGUUGGCCAGCAGUAUUUUCACUCCUGGAAUAGACCGGAUUGCCAAGUCCCUUCAUGCCACCAAUAGCGCUGUCAUUGGAUGUCAAACAGGAUUUGUUAUUAUGAUUGGUGUUGGCCCUUGCCUUCUUGCACCGCUGUCGGAGACUUUUGGUCGUAAGCCCUUGUACCUAAUCUGCUUUACUAUUUUUGCGCUUCUUCAGAUACCUACCGCACUAGCACCCAAUUUACCGCUUCUCAUUACCGCUCGUACUUUGGCGGGCUUCUUUGGAAGUGUUGGCAUUGCGAAUGGAGGAGGAACAAUCAGUGAUAUGUAUGAACCCACUGAACGUGCUGGUAUCUUUGGGUGGUAUCUAUUAGGCCCCUUACUAGGACCGACUAUUGGACCUUUGCUCGGUGGAGUCAUUAUGGAAAACUUGGAAUGGCCGUGGCUCUUUUGGAUCCUCUUCAUAAUCUGCAGCGUCGUAGUCGCUGGUGCACUCUUUUUUCUCAGAGAGACUUACGUUCCAGUGCUUCUAGCCCAACGCAAAAAACAGCUCGAAAGAACAGAGGGUGGCAAUUACUUCUUCCAGGAUGAAAGUGAGGAACCGCUUUCCACCAGACUUGUCCACUCUGUUCAACGCCCCAUACGUAUCCUGUUCACUCAACCCAUCGUCAUCGCUAUGGCUACCUACCAAGCGCUCAUAUUUGCCACAACAUACAGUCUCUACACCCAGUUUCAAGCCAUAUACGGCGAGAAGUAUGGCUUCAACACUCUCCAGGUCGGACUUGUAUAUCUUGGCCCUGGCCUAGGAUUCCUGACGGCGGUCUGGUUUCUCGUUCCUAGCAUUGAUACUGUUUACAACAGACUAGCAAAGAAGCACGGAGGGGCGAAACCAGAAUACCGUCUCCCACUCGCCAACAUCGGUGCUGUUCUGAUACCCAUCUCGCUCUUCUGCUUCGCCUGGGCUGUCGAACUUCACACCCAUUGGUUCGUUUCUAUCGCUGCUACGUACUUCUACGGAAUCGGUCAAGUCGUAAUUUUCAAUUCAUUGCAAAAUUAUUAUAUCGAUACAUUUGAGAAGUAUGCAGCGAGCGCUGUGGCGGCUGGAGCACUGUUUAGGAGUCUCGUUGGUGGUGUGGUGCCGAUGUUCACUCCCAUGCUGUUGGAAAAAUACGGAGUCGGAUGGGGUAUAAGCUUGUUCGCAUUUAUUGGUGUCUUACUAGCUCCGAUCCCAGUAGUGUUCUGGUAUUAUGGAGAGUUUUUGAGAGAAAGAUUUGCUAUUGUCCUUUAG